CAUGCUCCCUAGCAAUCUCGGAAGUGACUCUGAGUCACUUCCAUUGCAUUCUGGGAGUUGUAGUCUCUCGGGGGCUGACCCGCCCCUUGUGCAGCUUCGGCGGCCUACGUUUGGAGAAAGUCUACCCGGUGGCUUGGCGCGGUCCGAGCCCUAGCGAGCGGUGCCGCCCUACAACCAUCGCCCCCGGGCCGGCGGCCAGCUCCGCCUCUUCUCGAAUCUCUCCCACAGCCCAACAUGGCGGCGGAGGUGGAUUUUGGCGACCUAGAGCUGUUCGAGGCGUUUGACCACCCAGAGGACUCGAUCCCGAAGCCCGUUCACACCCGCUUCAAGGACGACGACGGCGACGAGGAGGACGAGCAUGGGGCCGGCGACGCGGGGCUACGGGAGCGGCUUCGGCAGUGCGAGGAAACCAUCGAGCAGCUCCGCGCCGAGAAUAUCCUUCCCGCUCGCUCGGGCCGGCUCGCCGGCGUGCGCCAAGCCCAAGUCGAUGCAGUCAUUUUGCCGUUUGUCCGUAGGAGAGAGCCGGCUGCUCAGACCUUCGCGUGGAUCUGUGCUUUACAGUGGGGUCGAAGCCAGUGGCCAGGGUGCGGGGUCGGGGGCUUUCAAGGAGCUGAGGCAUCAGCGAGGCAUGGCCAGUUGCCUGAUAGAGUUGGUGGAAUAUUGGUGAACAAUACUAAGUUAGAUGGACCUUUAUUACAGAUUCUAUUUAUGAACAAUGUUAUUUCAAAGCAAUAUCAUCAAGAAAUAGAGGAAUUUGUAUCAAAUUUAGUAAAAAGAUUUGAGGAACAGCAGAAAAAUGAUGUGGAAAAGACUUCCUUUAAUCUUUUGCCCCAGCCAUCUAGUGUUAUGCUAGAAGAGGACCAUAAAAUAGAAGAAUCCUGUGCCAUUGAAAACAACAAGGAAGCUUUCAGUGUUGUAGGAAGUGUCCUGUAUUUUACUAAUUUUUGCCUUGAUAAAUUGGGGCAACCGCUACUAAAUGAAAACCCUCAGCUUACCGAAGGAUGGGAAAUACCCAAGUACCAGCAAGUCUUCAGCCACAUUGUUUCUCUAGAAGGGCAAGAAAUACAAGUAAAGGCAAAAAGGCCAAAGCCUCACUGUUUCAAUUGUGGUUCUGAAGAACAUCAAAUGAAAGAUUGCCCAAUGCCGCGGAAUGCUGCUCGAAUAAGUGAAAAGAGAAAAGAGUAUAUGGAUGCCUGCAGCGAGACAAAUAGCCAGAAUUUCCAGCAGCGAUACCAUGCAGAAGAGGUGGAAGAAAGAUUUGGAAGAUUCAAGCCAGGAGUCAUUAGUGAGGAACUUCAGGACGCGCUAGGUCUGACCGACAAAAGCCUCCCGCCUUUUAUAUAUCGGAUGCGCCAGCUGGGGUACCCACCAGGGUGGCUCAAAGAGGCUGAACUUGAGAACUCAGGGCUUGCACUCUACGAUGGAAAAGAUGGUGCUGAUGGGGAAGCAGAAGCCGGAGAGACCCAACAGAACAAAAGUGUCACCUAUGAUCUCUCGAAAUUGGUAAACUAUCCAGGUUUUAAUAUCUCUACUCCCAGAGGAAUUCCAGACGAAUGGAGGAUGUUUGGGUCCAUACCAAUGCAGGCGUGUCAACAGAAGGACGUGUUUGCCAAUUACCUUACUUCUAACUUCCAAGCGCCAAGUCUGAGGUCUGGCAGCAAGAGGUCUUCGUCCCAGUCCAGCCCUAGCAGCCCAAAGAAGCAGAAGAAGGAAAGCAGCUCAGGAGCCUCGCCUGCAGAUAUGGAGCUCGACUCCGAUGCGGAGGUCCCACACAGCUCUCCAAGUGGAGCGUUUCAGUUCCAGCCCCCUUUGCCCCCUGGCACUCCUCCUCCCCUGCCACAGGGGACUCCUCCGCCCAUCUUCACCCCUCCACUCCCCAAGGGCACCCCGCCACUGACUCCCAGCGACUCGCCCCAGACCAGAGCAGCAUCCGCAGCUAUGGAUGAGGACUCGCUGACUUUGGAAGAACUUGAGGAACAGCAGAGGCGGAUCUGGGCGGCCCUUGAGCAGGCCGAGAGCGUGAACAGCGAUUCUGAUAUUCCCGUUGACACCCCUCUCACUGGGAACUCGGUUGUCUCUUCUCCUUGUCCACAUGAGCUGGACCUCCCGGUUCCUGAGGGGAAACCCCCUGAAAAGCAGAGGCCUGAGGAACCUGAGGGACCAGACGUUUGUACAAAGAAAUUGGAAGUUGAACAUUCUCUGAGCCCAGAUUCUGAGCCUCCGUUGCUUUGUCAGGAGGAGGAGGAAGAGUCUGUUCAGAUCGACUCUAAAGAUGCUCUUGAUAACGGCAAUGGCCUGUCGAACUGCGAUGUUAGUAAUGGAGGCAGUCAGAAGCUCCUCCAUGUGGACACCAGCCCUUCAACAGCCACGAAGAUUCACAGCCCUGUACCUGACAUGAGCAAGUUCGCGACUGGAAUAACGCCAUUUGAAUUUGAGAAUAUGGCCGAAUCUACUGGAAUGUACCUCAGGAUAAGAAACUUGUUAAAGAACUCUCCCCGAAACCAGCAGAAAAACAAAAAGGCCUCCGAAUAACUGCUUGACAUAGCAGGAAGAGCUAUUUAAUUAUCUAUAAUUUUGUGUUUUGUUAAUUAGUAACAACUGGAGAUAAAUUGUUUUCAGAUUUUUCUCUCCCAUGUAAAAACCUAUCCAAAGCUUAAUUGUGGCCUGAAGUCAGGCCUGUUUUAAAGAACAGAACAGAAAGACUGGGCUUGCUGGUUUACUAUAUUUUAUUCUUACUGAUAAAAACUUGGGGUGGGAGGGGGCUGAGAAUGUAAGUACGAGCUGGUUUAGAGAUAGUUUGCUAAGGUUUCUACUACUUUUGGAUUGUGUCUGUCAAGAGUGAUUGAUGGUUUUUAUCUGUCUUUUGUACAUUGUUUUCCCUUUCUACAUUUUGCUAAUUAUCCUGUAUAUAAGUUUAAUAUAUCAUUUUUUAAAAGAAAAAAAUUCUAACCAUUUUAAAUUCAUAUUUCAACUCUGACAACCAAAUGAGAAAAAUCAGGGAUGAGCAGCUUUACCCCAUUUGGGGUAUUUUUGUAAGUGAUUUACACACAUCAAUUUUAAUAACACUUUUACUUUUUUGUAACUUCAUUCCUCAUAUAAGUUUGCUAUACAGGUAUGUUCAUCUUUGUGUACAAAGGUUUAAUAAAUUAGCUUUCAUAUACAUUA